UAGUCAAGCUGUGUAGCUUCAUGCAGUAAAGUGAAAUAGUACUAAACAAGAGAAAAAAACAACAAUAGGGCUUUUAUAGUGUUACACCUAUAGUUAGACAUUAUUGUUUUGAUUUCUAAUGGACGGUGGAUGUUGUUUAUCUAAGUAGAAAGGAUGGUAACUACAUGGGCCGGAGAAAGGAUCACUAAGAUAAUUACCUGCCGGUCUGGUCAUUUUAUGCUGCAGUGAUUUUUAGUGGCUUCUCGCCUGGAUAUUGUGGAUCACACAUUUGAAUAGUGCAAAUGGACUAGAAAGAUUUAAUGGUGUUAAACAGCAAGUGUGUUAAGAAAACAGAAAAGAAACAUGAUUGAAUAUAUUUAACAGGGGAGAAUUUAUGGUCAAUGAAUUUUUACUUAACCGGAAUUCUGAUUACUAAUUUAAUAAUAAUUUCUAAUCGUUUUGAAGGAGUUGUGAAGAAAAAAACACCAACAGUGUAUUCUAAGUGUGCAUAAAAAUUUUUAUUGAAUGUAAAAAUAGAAAUACACAAGGAUGAGAUGAGUGUAGAUUAGAAUGGAUAUGAAUUCAAAAGAUAGAAAGGGGGUGAAGUAAUCUACGAAUUGUGAUUAUAUUGUAGUAGGUAUCAAGUUACCCACAUUGAUAAUACAGCGUGGAAUAUGAUAUCGUGGAGGAGACUGUCAUAAAUGUGCGUUAUUUCAAUGACAUUUUAUUACACAUUUCCUUGUCAAUAGAAGCUGUACAAGUAUCCGGGACUGCGGCUUGUAUAAAUCUACGGCAGUUAAAAUGUUGAUAUGGGAAUACUGUGUACUAAUAUUUACUUAUUGUCGAAAAAUAAGCACAUUUUAAUACAUUGAAUUACACAAGCUUGACUGAUCUUACACUGGGUAUGUCAAUAUAAUCGGGUAAGGCAAAGGGGUAUAAAUAUACUGGAAAUUUAAGCAAGGAUAUUAAAGAAGUUUGUGUUUUAAUAAAUAUUUCUGUAAUUCGGUUUGGUUUUGAAUGGGAUGGUGUAGAAUGUGCAGGAGGUUGGAAUUCGUCACAAUAUCCGGAUAUUUAUCACAAUGUGUUAAACAUGUCAUCGCAAAGAUAACGUUCUUUAGAUAGCUUGUAAUGUUUAUCUUUCACAAACCAAAAUAACACCUAAGAGUAAUGAAGAUUUUAUUCAAAAUGUGAAAAUAAUUAUCGUUUGAUAUUUGAAGGAGUUGUAAUAUGGCUUCAAGUUUUGGUGUUCAGUUAAAGAAAAGAGAUGAAUCGCAGGGCUCAAGCCCAGGAAAGGGCAGUGGACGAACUCCAGGGGGUGCCAGAAGGUCUGAUUUUAGAACCCAACCAGUGUCGGACCUUAAAGCAAUGUUUGAUAAACAAGAUGGAGCAUCUGGAAAGAAAACUGUUACUGUGUCCACACAGAAAACAACAAUAACAAAAUCUGGACCCUCUACCACAAAAACAACCUCCACAGUUCAGACGUCUAAAACAAAAACUGUCUCAGGGAAGUUAAAUAAUGAGGACCUGAAGGCAUUUAAUGCUUUAAAAACUAAACUGAAUAAAACAGGAAUUGAAAAACUUAUUGAAGAUGAAAAGCCUCCCAAUGUUGCAGUCGCUAAAACAUAUAGUGGAGGAAAUACAUAUCAAGCUACAGUAGGAGUGAAAAAAGUUCAAUCUGCUAACGAUGACUCAUCUAGCGGUGUUGUUACUAAAUCAGACGCAAUUUCCGCAUUAUCAUUUGGAUUAACGAAAUUAAGAACGCGACCAAAUAGUUUAAAAGGUGAUGAAGAAAAACUGCCCAGAAGUAAUUCAAUUGAGGAGGAGACGGAAAAAGGUUCGAGUUCUCCUCGAUCGUCGUCCCUCCGACCUGAAUCGCCAGGUAUUCGGGAUUUAAAAGAGCAUAAAUACAAGCCAGGUGUGGCUAAAGGUUGGAAGGCAAAUAGUUCUGAAACAAAAGAGAAAGAUAAAACAGGGAAGUUUAAUGACAGUUCAGUUGGGAAAUUACGUACAGAAGUGAAGCAGGACAAUACCGUUAAGGGUUUUAGAUCUGUAAGCCCAGUAAGUGAUGACUCCUCAGGUAGUAGUAACUUAAGUCCAAGAGGCAACUUAAGUCCAAGAGGUUAUAGGUCAAAUGUUUUAAAACAGGAAGAUAAGAAAACUGAUGUUAAUGAAAAUAUACGAAAAUUUGAAUCCUCAAAAUCAGACUCUAAUCUUUUAAAAUGGGAGAAAAGUGACAAUCAAAGAAAUUUCACGAAAAUUAAUAACGAAGGCUCAGAAUCUAAAAAGCUCGUAACAAGUUCUAGUUCUACUUCAAAACUAACUGCUGUUAAACAGCUGUCAUGUGAUAAGGAAAAGGUCAAGGUCAGAUUGAAUAGAAAUUCUGGCUCAUUUAGUAGUGACUCUGAUAAAGGGAAAAGGUCACCUAAGGUCAAAGGUGAUCUGAAGUGGGUAGAAAAAGGUAGAGUUUCAUUAGAGGAAUUUAAAGAACAAACUAGGGUUAAAGGUGAAGGUCAUAGGCCAUUAAGUAGAGCCUCGAGCUCUGGAUCUAAUUCUUCAUUUACACAAUCAGAGGUCAAGGUCUUUCAGUCAAAAAUUGAACGAUUUUCUUCCCCUGAACCACCAAAAGAUGCACAGAAGGGUGGGGAAAUAAAAAGAAAGGAGUUUGCAGUGUCAAGAAGAAUAAGUACAGAUAAAUUUCAAGAUUUAAAGAAAGGCUUUGAAACGCAGACUGUAACCACUAGAUCUAAAUCUCCAUCUGCGGAAAGAAAGCCAAAGAUUGAUAUUAAACAAAAAGUAUUGGAAAGAAAACAGUCUUUUGAAGGGGGAGUUGUUUAUAGAGCAAAGUCCAAUGAACGGAAAGAAAUCAUUUCACCUAGGGAUAGGGGAAAUGUUUUAAAAACUGUUCAAGCUUUGAAAGAUCUGGACGCUAAAGCUAAAAAGCAACCAACGAUUGUACGACGGACAAAAUCUCUUCCGAUUGAAAAUUUAGGGGACGAUGGCUCUUCCGUGGAGUACGAGGAUAUCAGUAGUGAUGGCCCCUAUUACCAUGACGUAGUGGGUAUUAAGUUAGGUGACGACAUAUCAAAUGAAGGGGAUAUCAGUAGCGAGGCAGACCUUUAUGAGGAAAUACCAGCUAAUAUGUCAAUAGAUGAUAUAGAAGGUAAACGAGAAAUGAAGACCAGAAGAUUUACAGCUUUUAAGAAGAAAAGGAAGGGCAGUGAAGAACAGACACAAGAAAUUCAGACUGGUACUGAAGGUGAUAUAGACAGCGAUUCUGAUAGCAGUAACAGUAGCGGUAUUUAUGAACAUGUCGAUCAUGACACAAACGAAGAUCAAGCAGUGAGCGAGUCCGACAGUAUCGAUCAGGAAUCUCCACCGGAAUUACCACCAGCCCGAAUACAAAAUAGUAAGAAAAAGAAAACUAAGGACGAAAAAGCAACAAAAGGGUUUAAAGGAAAAUUUAAAAAACUGUAUGCUAAGAGUGGAACUGUAGGUAAGGCAAGUGGACAAACUGUUGCCGGGGCAACACAAUCAGCUGGAAUCAUGAGUACCUUAGGUGAUAAGUUUAAAAAUUUGAAAAAGACGAAAUCUAGUUCAGGGACAAAUCUAGAAGCAUUGAGUAAGGAAGAUGAUCCGGUUUGUGAUAGUGAAGGAACUGACACCGAUAUCGACCCGGAACAGUUACGUUCCGGUCUAGGUACCCCACCACCACUUCCCCCUCGACAGAGUGGAUUAUACAGAGUUAACAGUGGUAGUGAAGUGACAAAAUUAAAUAAUACAGUGGAAGUGCCGAGUCGUUUAAGUGCUAAUCAGCCGGAAUAUUUGAAUAACAGACUUAGUAGUACGAGUUUAGAAAGUAAGUCGGAUCCACCGCUACCACCUCGUAAUAGAAUAUCCAACAAUCUGGACCUUAAUGUUGUAGUUCCUGUCAAACCUGGAGGGAAGGGUAACUGGAAUACUGGCAAAGAUAGUUAUCUUCAUGGACAGAAGAUGCACAACGCCCCCAAGUCUCCAGAGAUCCCAUAUAUAGAUCAGACACCUAGCCCAGAGUCGACGACGCCUUCACCAGGUGAUGCCCCGCCUCUCCCUCAACGACCUGUAUCUACAGGCAAGAAACCACAUUUCGCACAGUCAAUUAGCACUGAUAGUUAUGUUGACGUUGGAGAAUAUAUGAAACCUGCGCCACCGAGACCAACAAAAUCCCCACGUUCCAGCCAAGAUAGCUAUAUAGAAGUUGAAGAUGGUCCUGUACCUGACACUAACUAUUCACUAGCAGAUGAAAUCAGGACUGGUUUAACUGGGAGGAAAGAGUUAGAAAAAAGACCUGUGUCAUCUGCUUACAUUAAACCACAUGACCUAGCCACAGUACCAGAAGUCAAUAAAAAGAAAGGUGGACAAGAUGAAGAUGUUGGUCUCAAGUUAGUAACCAAGUACGACGAGGACGGCAUUUAUAUUGACCUGUCAUCAGGUGCCUUUGUAAGGCGCUCCGAGUUAAAGGAAAAUUUGAAGGAGCAAGGAAUGUAUUGUCAGCCGCCAACCUGUAAUGAAAGUGAUGACCAAGUAUACGGUACUGCUGGUGGCAGGUACAAGUCCCAGUUUGAGACAGAGUCCCUGUACCAGUUCUACAACAAGGCAAAGAUAACCCGUGCCAGCAAAAGAAAGGCUAUCUACUCCAGCUUCGAUGAAUCAGAUGAGGAAGGUUACUAUGACGAUGAUGGGGAUAAAGAGAGCGUGUACGAGGAUCUAUCGGAGUACAGUUCUGGUCGCGGAAGUCUCGAUAUGGAAAAGAAACCAGAGGAAGACGCAAAGACCAAGAAAAUCUCUACAUUAGAAAUGUUUGGCAAGAAAGGCACAGUGCUGAGGUCCUUGUGGGCAGAAAUGCCAGAGGUAAGAGACAGUGGUUGGUUGGACAAAAUAACCCCUCACGAGAAAAAGUUACAAGAGUCCAUGUUUGAAAUCAUCACCUCAGAAGCUACAUAUCUGAAGAGUUUAAACGUUCUCAUAAAUGUGUUCCUUAUGUCCGACGAGUUAGGUUCCGACAUGUCAAAUAAAUGUGUCAUCACAAAGCAAGAACGUCAUGUGAUCUUUUCCAAUAUUGGUGCCAUUAGAGAUACAAGUGAAAGGUUUUUAUCAGCGUUAGAGUCACGAUGGAAGGAGUCUGUACUAUUAACUGAUGUCUGUGAUAUUAUAACUGAACAUACCACCAAGUAUUUCGAGUGUUAUGUUCAUUACUGUAGUAACCAAGCAUUCCAAGACAGAGCUGUCACUGAUUUAAGAAAGAAGCCAGAGUUUUCAGAAGCCUUGAAGAGAUUAGAAAGCAAUCCAGACUGUCAAGGGUUACCGAUGAUUUCCUUUCUUCUAUUACCCAUGCAGAGAAUUACACGUCUUCCACUUCUAGUUGAUGCUAUAUGUCACAGACUGGACCCGGUCAAUGAUAAACAGAGACACAAAUCGGCCAUCAAUGCCUUUAAUGCUCAAAGCAAAAUUGUAAGGAAAUGUAAUGAUGGUGCAAAGAAAAUGCAGCAGACGGAACAGAUGUAUCAUAUAGCUAAACAAAUAGACUUUCCCGCCAAUAAGGAAAUUCCUCAGAUACCACUCAUAUCUGCAUCACGUUAUCUGGUGAAGCAAGGGGAGGUAACAAAGAUUGUAAAUGAUCAAGCUAGUCGUCUCCCUUUUGGCAAGGCUAAAGCCGGAAAACAGACGCUACAUAUCUAUCUAUUUAAUGACAUAAUGCUAAUUACCAAGAAAAAAGGGGAGCGUUACAUUGUGACUGACCACGGCCAACGUAACACCUUACAUAUAGAACUUAUAGACAAUCCAGAAAAGAACACAAGAGUUCUCCCCCUUGGUGUACCAAGUGGCUGUAAAUACCUAUUUCUACUUGUGAUGCUAGAAAACUAUGAGAAAAAACAGGUGGAGACGGUCUUUGCUUGUAAUUCCACGAGUGACAGAGCACGUUGGGUAGAUGCUGUUACACCGGUCAAGGUCACAGAUGAUCAAAGAAUAUAUGAAGAAUGGGAUUGUCCACAAGUACAAUGUAUUAAACCAUAUAUAGCAAAGGAGCCUGAUGAACUGACCCUAGAUGAGUCUGAUGUUGUAAAUGUAUUCAAGAAACUAGAAGAUGGUAUUUACGAGGGGGAGAGACUACGAGAUGGUGAACGGGGCUGGUUUCCCAAAGAUCACACUGUUGAGAUUAUCAAUUCUCACGUGCGUGCACGGAAUCUCCGUAUGAAGUACAGAUUAAUGGCGUCGCAGGAUUAUGGAAGCUAGCAUUUAUCAUAAAAAAACAACAUUUGUGCAUUUAAAACUUUCUACAUUUUUUCGUAAUACUUAUUCUACAUAAACUUAUAGAAAGAAAUGAUGUUUUUCUGCGGAAUGUAGAAUACAUGUAUUAUAGGGGGAAAAAAAGAUAAAUAUUUGUAUGCAAAAGUACAUGAUAAAAGCAAAGGAAUUUAUUCGGCUUAUUGUUAACAUAAGGCUACCUACCAUGCUUAAGCAAGACUUCAGUAAAGAAAGCUUUAUCUGAAUAUGAAUGAAAAAUUGUGAUACAAGUUUGACAAAAAUUCAUUUCCCAAUUUCGGCAUUCUUAUUGGAAGAGUAAAGUAGUAAGUAGUCAUCAUUUCAUUGCUUGCCUAUGUUUUGUUGGAUAUGAUGAUAUAAAAGGAACUCCACUAUGGUCCAAAAUCCUCAAAACAUAAAAUUUGAAAAUUCUUACAUAGAUCUGCUGGGGUACUUUAAACAGAAAGUUCAAUUAUGCAAGUGAUGAUCAAGAAAUAUACUCAGAAAUUAAGUAAAAAUUCAUAUUUUUGUGCUUUUCUUAGCCCGGUUUCUUUUAUGAUAAGAUUAUUUUUUAGCAAAGUUUAUAAAUGAAAUUUUGUAGCCCAAUUUAUAUCAAGUAUUAGAUAGAAAAACGAUAAGAUGGUGCUAAAUAUAGAUAUUUUAUCAAAGCAUACAAUAUUUAGUGAUAUUUUAUAGAAUUUUUAUUAAUUUUAUAACUACAGAUGACCUUAGACUAGUAUACAGUGUAACCUCUGUAGAACGGCCACUUGUAUAGAUCAAUUACCUCUUUAUAACAACAGUUUGUAAUUUUUCAUAAAGUAAGUUUUUUACAACCGAGGUUGGCGAAAAUUAUCUUUCCUGUUACGGCACCGUAUGACCUAUACUGUGUUGUUGUGCAGUAAAACCAACAAAAAAAUCAAAAUUUAUGAAGAAAGACUUCACAAUAGAUUAUAGCUGCUACAGUAACACAUCUUGGCAACAACCUAAAUUUUUAUCUACCAAAGGGUGUUGCUUUGCAAAGGUUGCACUGUACAAGCAUUUUUUUAAUUACAAUAUAACAACUUAUAUUACUUCUACCUGUUAUUUCUAAAUCAAAUUUUGUAUAGUUUAUUUCUGUGAUUUUACAAUUCAGCUCAAUUCGAGACUGUAUUUCCUGAAAUGUAGAUUCUAUAUUUUUUAAACACAGUGAAAUUUAAUUUUUUUUGCUAGAAAAAAAUUCUAAAAUCUAUUUUACUUCAUUAUUAUUUUUGGACCAAAAUGUUGUACUUACUUUGUCAUAUUGUUUUUUUUUUUUAACAUAAGAUAUACUGCCCUACAAAAGCAUACUGGUGUACAAAAAUAUAAGAUAAGUGGCCAGUGAACAAUUUUAGUAUAUAUAUAAGUGUAACAAAAAGUGUUAUGAAAUAUGUGACGAGAGAUGCUGUACAAAUUUCUGUGAACAAUGAGUUUUCGAUAAAGACGAUAAGUGCAAUUAUUUACAAUGUCAGUUUUUGAUUGGUUAACGUCCUGUGUGCUUGUAUAUAUCCACUGUUUAUGAUAAUUGUUCAUUGUAUAUAUAAACAGUAAUAUGUUUACAAUUUGUACAUACAUGACAGAGCUUUAAGCCUUUAACUCCGCUGAAUUUGUUUAAUGAUAUGCCUUGGUUUGAUUUUUUUUGGAAAGUUCCUUUAACAGUUUAAUGGACUUCUGUAUGAAAGUGACUGAGAAAGUUAGCAGACGACACAAUGGAGCCAGGUCACGCUGCACUAUUAAUAGUGAUGGUAUAUACUUUUGCAACAUGUUUAAAACUAACAGUUAGAGAAAUUUAGGGUAAAUGUUACAAAUUUUGAUCAGCAUACAAUUCUAAAAAAAGAGCUUGUAUUUUUUUUUAAUUUUUAUAUAAUUUGAUAUCUGUCAUCAGGCCUUUAAUUACAGCCGUGCUGUUACUAAGCAAAAUUUAAAACUGCAUGCCUCUAUACUUACAUAUUGUAAAUGUAUUUCCUAUUUUGAUAACAAAUUCAGAAAAUGCUCUAAAUAGAAAAUACAAGCUAUGAUAUUCAAGAUAGCCUUGUUCAUUCGCUAUUUUACAAAUUAUAUGUUUAAACGAGCAAAGAAUGAGCUUUACCCUUUUAUAGUAUGUUAAUAAUAUCAUGAUGAAAAUAUAAAUUCAUGGAAAUUCUAUAUAUGUGCAAAGUGUAACAUGCAUUUUAAACAUACAUAAAUAGCCCAAACUGAGUAAAUUUCAUUGUGAUAUAUUCUCCUUAGGUUUGAUUUUUUGAAAAUAUUUUGACUCAUCUUAAAAAUGCAGCUUUAGAGAAACGUGUUUUGAUACUUUUAGUUUCGUGUCACAUACUGUAAUUUAUUCUCAGAAUUCAUGCAUAAAUUGUUGCUGUAAAUAUUUCAAGUUCUUUGAUACUAUGUCUGUAAAUUAUGCUAUAGAUUUUUCUUCCAUUUGAAAUAGUGCUAAUAGAUAGUAAAGAAUGUGAUGUUUGUUAAUAUAUUCAUUUUCAGUUAUUGUUUUUCAUGUAUUCAAGUAUGCAGUAUGAACGUUUAUUUUGUUUAAAAGGUGCUUUAUUAAUGUGAGAAUGACAAAAUUUUGCUGCCUAUCUAUAUGUCUGUCUGUCUGACUGCCUAAAAAAUGCUUAUACGUUCAGGUGUAGUCUGUUUAGAGGUGGCUUAAAAAGCAAAUUUCACUCCUGUUUGGCAAAGUGUAAGGUGGCAGUUGUAUUUUCAUCUAAUCAUCUCCACAAGAAGAAUUUUAUAACAUUGGUAAAAUUUUGUCUUUCAAAAAUGAAAUUUAAAAAAUGAUAUCUCUAUAUAUAUGAAAUUUGUACCUCCUGAACUUUUUGGUAUUGAAAGUAAACUUAAGGUAGUUAUCAAUAAAAUCACUUAUAAUUGUUUGUUUAAUAAUUAUAGUAAUUGUAAUGUAAUUAUUUUCUUGUUCAAAAUGGAUCCACCAGCAUUACCUUAAUCACAGGGCUAUAUUUAAUAUAAUUCUCAGUCCUAAUUCGCUGUAUUUUUUUUUCUUUAAGUUUUGAAAAGACUUACCAUGUUUUGAAAUGUCAGCAUAUUUUUUUUAAAGUUAUGUCUUACAUUAUAAUUGUAAGGAAAAGCCAGUACCAAACAUUAUCAAAUACAUUCCACAACAUGCGAUGUUUAACUGAUGUGCUUUUUGAACUUUUAUUAUGAUUUUUGUGAUUAUUAUAUAGAUGGACCAUCAGAGCACGAUUUGCUCAAAACAUUUUAACUCAUACAUACCAGUCAUUCCAUUUGUCAUUAGCAUUGCUUCAUUAUUUUUUUGUUUUAAAUUUGUAUCUUUUCUUCAUUUGAAAGUUAUUGAAAUGUUAAAGAAUUGUACAUUAUAAUUCAGGGUGGGAGUGAAGUUCAGUUUAAGUAGCUUUACCCAGGUUUAACUGUAAGUAAAAAUUUGAUGAAACCAUACUUUUAAAAACCCAGAUGAAUUGGGUUCACAUUAGUGUGUUAAAAAAUUGUGCCCAUUCUUUGUUCGGUUGGUUCCUAAAUCACACCAACAUUGUCAGGAUCAUAAGAUGACUUUACAGUUCAAUAUACUUAUGUAAGGAAAAUCUCUGGUACCCACAAUCCAUACAUGAACUCAGGCAGAAAUGGGCACCAGUGAGUACAACUACCAGCUAUCUCUAAAAUAAUUUAAACAACUUCCUCACAUGUAAGAGUUUAAAGUCUCUUGUGGGAUUCAAACCAAAACCACUCUGACAUUGUGGCCUAGAGGGUAAGAAUGAGAUAGACCAGAUAGUUAAGUUUUAAUGUGUUCAGAGUGCAAUACAGUUAACUGUUACUCUUUGUUUUUGGAUUUGUUCUGUUAUUUUCUCAAAUUAUAUCUUUAGAUCAAAUAGUGUAUUUUGAGACCUUUAGUUCUUUUUUGUUUUGUUUUGAUUUUUUGUUUCUGUUUUGUUUUUUCACACUAUUUGAGUAAAAAAAAACCCAGUAUAGUCAUAAAAGUAUUUUACUCUUGUUUAGUGUAAGUUUAAUUAAAUUGUGAUUUAGGAAUACUUUAUCUCUGUUAAUUUAAACCUUCUAUGUAUUUUACUCAUUAUGUUGGAAUUUACUGUGUUUAAUAUUUUUGUUUUGCUUUGCAAUUACGGUCUACAAUAACAAAAAUGAAUAGGUAGUGAAGGUAAUGUUUGCAGAAGUUUUGCAGUAGAACGACCAUGUCACAUUAAAUUUUUUUGUUAUCACAUUUUUAACUUACAAACUUAAAGGUAUCCAAGGGUAACAUUAAAUAUUUGCUCUUAAACAUUUCAGCUUAGGAUCUGUUUAAAAAAAAUAGGACUCCAAAUCGGGCCAGCCUGUGCUUUCCGCGCAGUUUAAUUAACCAGGCUUUAUACUGUUGGUAGGACAAUUUUUAGCUCGACUUUUCUAUGAAAAGGGGAGCUAUCCUACUCGCCCCGGCGUCGGCGUCGGCGUCACACCUUGGUUAAGUUUUUCGUACCACCCCACUUUAUUUCAGAAGUAUUACAAGUAUGGCUUUGAAACUUACCAUACUUGUUCACCAUCAUAACCUCCAUCUACAGACAAGAGUACAUAACUCUGUCAAGGUUUUUGACAGAAUUAUGGCCCUUUUUUGACUUAGAAAGUGUAUUGAGCUUGGUUAAGUUUUUUGUACCACCUCACUUUAUUUCAAAACCAUUGGAGGUAUUGCUUUGAAACUGACCAUACUUGUUUACCAUCACGACCUUCAUCAACAGACAAGAGGACAUAACUCUGUCAAGGUUUUUGACAGAAUUAUGCCCUUUUUGACUUAGAAAAUACAUUGAAUAUGGGUAAAAUCCACUUAUUGCCUUAACCCUUUGAGAUAUUGCUUUGAAACUUUUAAUGCUAUUUCACAUCAUUACCCCCAUCUGUACGCAAGAGAAGGUAACUCUGUCAAGGAUUUGUUUUUAAAAAUUAAGGCCUUUUAUCGACUUAGAAUCUUGGUUAAGUUUUUAGUACCAGUCCACUUUUUGACUGAACUGUUUGAGAUAUUAAUUUGAAAGUUGGAAUACUUGUUUACAAUCAUGAUUCCCAAACAUGUCCAGGAGAAGGUAAUUCUGUCAAAGAUUUUAUUUGAAUUAUGGCCCUUAACUGUCAAUGUUUUGUAUUAUAGGCAAGCACUAAAAAACUUAAAAAAUCUAAAAAAAUUCAUUCCUAUCCACUUGUUCACUUUACCAUAAAUUAUGUCAUAAUAAAAUAAUUCUUCACUAAAUAUCUUAAUGCUCAUGGCCAUUGUUCACUUUAAAAAUACAGAGAUUCUUGUAUUGCCUUUUACUGCAAAAAACUUUUUUUAUUGGCAAGCAAUAAAAAAGUCGAGCGCGCUGUCUUACGGACAGCUCUUGUUGUAUUUUGUUACUGAAAUCCCUGAAACUUUAAAUGGACUGUUCCAAAUUCAAUACAGGGAGAAUCCAUUACAAAAACACAGCAGGUUAAGGGCGAUAUUGAUGAGUCAGCAAUUUUUUUAAAAAAAAAUUUUUGGGUGGCGAAACACCUAGGUAAUUUUUCAUUUUUCUAACCUGCCUUUAUGUAUUAUUGACUUCUUUUGUUUGCUUUGUGUAUGUAUGUAGAACGUACGGACACGUGUACAGAAUGUUUAUUGUAAUAUUGGGAGGACAAAACCUUACUAUAUUUAUAUAUUAAAUCUGAUUUUAUACUCAACAGUAAUAAAAAGAAUGAAAUUCUGAAA